AUGGGAUACAAUGUGUGGAUGGACGGACAGAUCCCAACCCUUGAGCACCGUGCCCAAAAGAUGAGGUCACGUCACACACAACAUAGUGAUCAGACCAGAUGUGUGGACGUAGUGUGUCUGAUCAAACCAUCUGAUCAAAUCGGUAAAGUACAGUACACCAGUUUUACUGGUCGCGUCCUUCACUUCUCACCAUUUUGCUUUGUAUUGCUAAUUAUACCCCCUUGUUGGAUGGUCUGUUGGGCCUUCCGAUCAGGCCUCCCCUUUUCCACACACUUGUCUUCUUGCUUAAAACACAUCACCGUGAUGUUACUGAACAGUGGACGUCCAUUCUUCUUGUCCAUUGUCUUUCCAAACGACUGCACUGUCGACAGCUUGGUGGUCCUCGGCCCACAGGUCACCAUUACCGUCGCAGCCGACGUCGAGUUCACCUCCCUGAACGACAUCACAUUGACCGACACCAUCCUGACCGCCAUCGCCGGCGCCAAGAUCACCGUCGACACUGUCACCCUCUCCAGCUCAUCGAUCACCCUGUACGCUUCAACCAUCCGCGUUGGCUCCCAAAUGACCAUGACCAAGAUGUGUCCAUGGACCGCCUACAACUCCACAUUUGACUUUGCUGGCAUAAACAACAUGUUUGGACCACUCUCGCCCAGACCCACCAUGAUCGAUCGCUCCACAUUCAUCAUCCGUGGCAAGACCCUGUUCUCGAACGGUAUCAGUGUUGAUGACACCAGUAUCCUGGUCGUCGAGGCCGGCGCAGUCACCUCAAUGAUAAAGAUGUCCGACAUUGCCAACGCCCACGUCGAUGGACAACUGUCCGUACCACAGGGAUCCGUGUCCAUCACCAAGAUGAUGACCACUGGCAACGAGUCCACAAUCGGUCUUGGUGUGGGAGCUCUCAAGGUUAGCGCAGGCGGCCAGGCAUCCUUCCAAAGAAUCGUGACCGGUGCCAACUCUGACCUCAUCUUCUCCAACGCCUCGAGCAUCUUUAUCAACGAGAUUAACUCUGCUGGUCGUGUCACUAUCGAGAAGGUCGCCUUGUUCAACCUGUCGUCGCCAAUCUGGGGUCAAGUGUCCAACUUCUCCACGAUCAUGAUCGCCGCCCAAUCCAACAUCUACAUGUCCAACGUCGACAUUGGUCAGAUCUUCCGUGUGACCUCGCUCAUGGACACAUUCCCACAGGCCGUCAUCAACAUGUACUUCAAGUCGGUCAACAACAACAUCCGUCUUUUCAACGGUGUCCUCAACAGCACCAUGUUCUACGUGCAGCCAUCGUCCGUCCUGAUCCUCAUCUCUGAGUCCACCUUUGCUGGCGCCUCUGGCAUCACUUUGGACGGCACCCUCGUCCUGACCAGGAACAUAAAUCUCGGCGCACAAGGAGUGCUCACAUUGUCUGGCGAAGGCGCUCAUCUACCCACUGAGGGAAUCACCAUCAAGGGCCAAGUCGUGAUCAACAACGGUGACCUCGUCCCACUCAACACAACAAUCGAUGGAUCGCUCGUACAUAAUGCUGGUCAACUUGUCUUUGAGGACGAGCAAUCCACUGGAGUGUACGCCCUGGUCAUCACUGGCAACUACACCGCCUCCCCACUGGCCGAGAUCGAGUUCCAAGACCUGCCAAUCAACUUCACUCCCAAGAUGAAUGUCCACGGCGUCGCUGCCGUCAACGGAUCGUCGAUCACCAUGCGUAUGUCCAACACCGAGCCAGUCCUGUACGCAGAGUACCACUUGAUGCAGUUGAGCAGCAAUGCACCACUGUCUGCCCUGAGCACCAAUCUCCAUGCCGCCCUUGGUACCCCCGCCGACGUGACCACCGUUCUCAAGGUGACCCAAGGACCAGUUGUAUCAUUCAUCUUCCAGCAGGGAUGUGCCGAGCAGCACAACAGCUGCUCUGACCACGGCGUCUGCAACAAUGGAACUUGUCUCUGUGAGCCAGACUACUUAACCAACAACAACUGCAGUGUCAAGAGUUGUUACAUGAACUGUAGUGGAGCUGGCUCAUGCCAGGUGUCCAACUACACCUGUCAAUGCAACAGUGGACUUGUCGGAGCCUACUGCGAGAAGCCAGCAUCAGUCUGCAGCACCUACACCAACAAGACCACAUGUACUGCCGGUUGCUCAUGGUGUCAAUUCACCAAUGCCUGCCAGUAUCCAGCCACCAGCCAAUGUGUCGCGACAACCAGCACCACCGCCACCACCUCGACCAGCACUACUACAUCAACCACGACCAGCACUACAUCCGCCACUACCACUCAUAGCUCCACCACUACCAAUCAUCCAAGUUCAGCUCAAUCAAUCAUACAUCAGGUAUCCGCGAUGACCUUCACAAUCAUUGUUAUCUUGGCAAUGACACUGUAA